AUGCCACCCCCAACAACAACAACUACCCCCACAACACCCACCCCCCUCCUAACCCACCCCCGCCUCCGCGCCCUCAGUCCCGACCCCCCCGCAACGGUCUCCAUCCGCAACCUCUCCACGACGCUCCAGCACGCGGGGCGCGACGCCUGGGGCCGCGCGGGCAAGGCGCAGCCGUGCAGCGUAUCGGCCGAGGUGGCCUUCCACGCGCCCUUCGCGACGGCGGCCGCCACCGACGCGCUCGGCGACGACACGGUGCACUACGGCACGCUGAGCAAGGCGGUGCUGGCGAGCGUGGCGGGGUUUGAGCGGGAGGAGAAGGAGGUGGCGGCGGUAGCGGCGGCGGCGGUCAAGAAGGAGCAGACGGGUGGUGGUGGUGGUGGUGGUGGUGGCGGUGGUGCUGCGGGGGAGAGAAGUCUGCGGGAUGUGCUGGGGCGGGUGUGGGGGGAUCUGACUGGGUUGGAGCUCGAUGGGCGGGUUCGUGAUGGGAGUGCUACGGCGGGCGCGGCGGCGGCGGCGGCGUUUUUGGAUGUGAGCAAGGUGCGGUUGCUUUCUGUGACCGUGGCGUUGCCGAAGGCGUCACUUCUCGGGGACGGGGUGCGGCUGACGGCGAGCGCGGUGUUUAAUGCCGCCGAGCAGGGUCAGAUGGAAGGGAGGGCAAUGGCGCUGGAGGUGAGCAGACUGAAAGUGCCGACGCUGGUUGGGGUGAAUGCGAAUGAGAGACUGGCGAAGCAGUUUGUGAUCGUGACGGUUACGGUGGAGGGGUUUACGGGGGGAGAGGAUGCGUAUACCGAGAUUGAGCGCGACGUUGUCAAAGCAAUGGAGGCAUCAUCUUUCGAGACACUCGAGGCUCUGGGCGCCCAUCUAGCCGAGGCCGUUCUGGCUUCGCGCUGGAAGGAGGACGGUUGGCAGGUCUGUAUUCGGAUGGAAAAGCCCACUGCGGUACCCAUGGCAGACUGCCCUAUUGUCGAGGUUCGGACAACGUGGGAGUCUCUCGAGAGGCAGAGGGCGGUCGACAGAUCGUAG